GCGACGUAUGAUUAGGAACCUUUAAGACAUGACUCAACGAGGCUUUUAAUGACCUCACAUGAGCGCCAUGUGCAAAGCCGAAACUCGGCACGGAUUAUCGUAUUUUCCGUAUCCAAAGACAAGUUGCCCCUCCAACCCUUCGCCCUUUCGUGACGGGUUCGUUCUUCCACAACAAAGAUGAGAUCAUGACGAACAAUCACAACCGGUGCUAUGCCCGCAGCUGGACCUCAACUGACUUGACGCAGUCCCAAGAACGCUACCACGCUACUCAAUUAGAGCGAUGUCGCAGACACUUGGUUAGCGACGACUCGAUCGACGAAGAACAUGUCGAAGCGCCUCGCGACCCCAAUCCCGAAUCCAAAAUUUGUCCGUUUCCGAAUUGUAAGCGAACGAAGCUGUUUGCCACGAAUUACAAACUCUGGCGUCACGCUGCGCAACACGUCAGGUGUGGGGAAGUAUGCGUGAUUUGUUUCAAGCCAUUCGAGUUCGCAAGCGAGAUCAUCCGACAUUGCGAGGAAAAUCACAGGACCGAGUCUGGCAGAAAAGCCACAUAUAUGAAGGAAACGUUAGAGGAAGUUUCACGUCGCGUGACUUCUGAGUUGUACGCUGCAAAGGCUGCCUUCAUGGAGAGGUCCAUCCUCGGCUCGAAGAGCGAGAGCAAAAAGAGGACUCGAGAUGAGGCAAGCAUGGACAGUGAAGGGUCAGAAGCUCAGGGGGAAAAGUCCGAUGCGCUGACUGCACAAGACUCACAAUGUCACACUACUGGCUUCCCAUCGAUAAUGCCUGCCUCUGAAGUCAUCGGACCCCAAGGCAGUGACGAGUUGCAUAACAGCUCGGCCCAGCUGGUUUACUACCAUCCGAUACAAGAGAGUACUAUGGUCGAUCCUUACAACGCUCGUCUCUUGCAGAUGGUCAGCUCUGUUCCGUGUCCGGCUGAUUUCGACUGGGCGGAGACCGGAGGGUGGGGCGAUUCGAGAAACGUAAUAUGAGUGAGACACGAUGAUUCACGCGCUUGUAUCUUUGAUAGCAAAGUUCAGCCUGAUCUUGGGUGUUUCCAUCUUGACGGCCAGACGGACGACCUGUUUGCCAC